CAUUCCCUCAGCAGCAGGUUAAGAAGUGCCAAGAAUUUUUCUUCACUUAAACCGAGACGACACCAGCUGCAUUAUCACAUCGGUGUUUCUUUGUCAAUGUGUCUGCCGUCCCCAGUGAGCAUGCUGGCGGCGGCGGGUUGCAGGGCGGUGCAAAGUUGGGCGUGGGCUUGGCUGCCAUCCAUAGCCAGCGGUCAACGCAGGACGGCGGUAGCCUCCGUGGGUCAGCAACACUCCCGACGCUACUCUGUCCCCACGAGCCACAGACCGAGCGAGACAAGGUGGAGGUACAAGGCCGACGACCUUGUGAAGAAAAAGGUCGCCUUAGUGCAAGCUGGGGUUGCCAACAACACCUUUGGCUUGACGUUGAACACGGCGCGUCCUCUGUCGCCUGACCUGUUUAAGGAAGUCCUGAUGCACCUCUACAAGAAGGUGGAGGUCCUGCGCAUCUGUUUCGGAGAGAAAGAAGGAAGCCUGUGGGUCGUCGACAUGGACACACCCAAGAUUGACUUUCAGGUGCUGGAGGGCGGCCUAUUAGAGGAAAUAGUCAAGACAGUAUCACAGCCCGCCUAUAACUUAUUCGAGGGUCCGCUGUGGCGUGCUCGGCUGGUGGUUUGCCCACCCGAUGAGCCCUGCAUGAUGCCUCAAGUGAAGUAUUCCUUCCCUCACCAGUACCACUUGGCUUUGGACAACCACCACGCAGUCACUGACGGUAUAUGUACCAUGAAGAUCAUAGAGAUCAUUAUCACCAUCCUGGACAGCGUGCUGGACGGGGCUCACGUAGACAGUAAGCAGAUUGGUGAAUUUCGUGACCGGAGUGAGGUCACAUCUGUAGAGGUCAGAAUCAGGGAGUCCUUGGAGAAAGACCCACACAUGCUAAGUACACUGUUAGAGGAGCGUUAUAAAAUAAAGACAAGCGUUCCUCUUAUCACCGAGAUCUUUGGGAAGCCAGACGAACCCUCUCCUGAAACAUAUACAGUAACACCACAGGUCAUAGACGACAAACUCCUGCAGGUUUUUAGCGCUAAAUGCAAGACGCAUAAAGUCACCUUCAAUUCAGCCUUUGUUGGGGUGAUAAAUGUGGCGCUGAUGGAACUCGCACAUGAGGCUGGCGUGGCGCGAGACUCCUACAUCAUCACCCAUCGCCAUCCCGUCGACACUCGUCGCUAUAUGAGUGAUGUGACGUGCAUGGUGUGGGGCUACCACGUUGUCCCCAUGACUCACACCACGACCAUGCCUUGUAAUGCCAGGAGCACCUUUUGGGAGAAUGUCAUUAACUUUGAUACCAAUUUUCGCGACCGCAUCAACACGAUGGGUCCUCUGCAGGAAAGAAUACUGGACACCAUACUACAGGAAAGGAAGCCAGACUUUGAAAAUACGACUAUACACAAUCUUAACGUUACUAACAUGUACUCUCCGAGGAUAAAGACUUCUGGUGAUGGGAAACACGUUCAGCUGACUAAUUCCUGUGGGUACCUCCCAUUGCCCUUCACACACCAUGACUACUGCAUUACUGGGGGACUGACCAGAUUCCGUGAGCAGGUGCAGUUCCAGGUGGGUUACUACUCAGGAUUCAUCACGACGGAGAAUGCUACAAGAUUGUCCGACAAGGUGAUCAGCGUGUUCAAAGAUACCGCCAAGGAGGUGGACGAGAGGCAGUAACUGUAAUUCUCUUUUGUUUCUCUUAGGUAUGAUAGUAGUAGAUUUUCAGCACUCAAAGGGCCAAAGCACACAAAUUCUGGCCACACAAUGAAGGUCCUAAAUUUCUCCCAGAUAUAUAUGUUGCAAUUUUAUAAAGGAAAACCUUUCUUGCAAAUGCUUUAGAUAAAGUCAUGCCAUGGUGUGUAAGUCAUAUAAUAAUAAAUGUCAGAACUUAA